UGAACCGUGCGUCGUCUUAGUCGCCGUCGUCGCGAUUUUCGUUCGAUAGGGAAGAAAAGAAAGUUCUACUUUGCCAAGAUGAUAAGAUGGAAGUUGAUUUCUACAAAUCGGUUCAUUCGAUGACGUAAUCGGAGAAGUUUAGUAUGUUAAAUGGAAAACCUGGUACAAAUCCGCUACUCGUGGUUUCGGUUUGACUGAUGAUAAAGUGAAAUUGUUUAUGAAGGUGUUUUUUGCGUUGAGCGAAAAAGUGGUGGAUAUUUAUAGAAUUUUUAGAAGGAAAUUAUUAAAUCGCACCUACACGAGUGAGUGCUGUGUUUCAGCCUUGAGACAAUCUGAAAUACUAUUAGUUAAAGUGCCUGAGCUGCCCGUCGCCGUGUUGUCAUUCAUUAUCAUCAAAGCAAAUCUUUGUGUUCUUAAUUCGAGAAAAGUGCCAGUGCAAAACCCAGUUGCUUAGCAAUGGGCUCAAGUGUAUGAAACGUUGCGUAAAUGUCUAUGUCACCGACUGAGCAGUGACUGAGUAAACGGAGAGGCUCGAAAGUGUGCGUGAACUGAGUUUACGGUUUCCAAUCCAAUAGUGACUCAACAGCUCAGUCGAAACUGCAUAAUUCCAUCGGAAAGAACGCGAGUGUGCAUGGUGAACCAUUUUUCACCGAAGAAAACUGACGAGAAAAGAACAUGAAACAGUGCCAGUUCUGAAUGUUCUGAACAGCAAUUACCAAUCAGUGCCUACUCUAAUGCUCCUGUGUUUGUUUGUGUUUCUGUGGAAAAUCCUACGAAACAUGUCCACCAUAUCGGCGACGAUACAGCAGGAGCAACAGCUGGAACUGCUCCGGCUGCAGUUGAUAGAACAUCAGCGGAGAAAGUUGCGACAGUUGCAGCGCGCGCAGCUGCACCAGCAGAAGCAGGGUGGCAAUAAUUAUCAAAAACUUCAUAAACUGUGUCGUGAUAAGGUGUCAGUGGCCGUGCCGACGACGGCGUCAGCCUCAGCUACCAAGGAAAACUUUCUGCUGCAUAGAUUUUUGUUCGGGUCGGACACGAUUCCGGAGGAUGGGACCGUGAGUGGUGGAGCUGGCGGUGAUGGUGACUGUGAUAAAACGGAUUACUUGAAUGAUAAAGAACUUAAAAUUCUUCGUAUGUCAGAGCACCCAAAACGCCAACAGCAGCAGGGGAAGUUUGUGUUGUCGCAGCAGAAUCAGUCCCUCCUGAAUCAUAAUCAUAACAACAAUCAUCACCAGAAGCAGCAGCAGCUCGCUGGUCGUCCGCUCCUCAGCAAACAGAACUCACCCAUCCGUCGUCCAUUGGCUUCCAACGCAAACUUCUGGCCGAACAAUAACAGUUCUAUUAAUAAUAACAACAAUGUUCACACAACUACACCGACCGGAGCGUUGUCAACUGGACCGUAUGGCUUCUUCGGGGCGCCCGUGGGCGGUGGAAGUCCGGGCCGUGAUAGUCUGUUGAACGACGAAAAUCUCAAAUCCAACGUACAGAUUGUGCUGGACAAUAUCAAUCGGAAUUAUCAUGCCCUGCGGGAGCAAAUAUUGAGCAAGAGCAACAUUAAUCAUAGUAAUAUCAUCAAUAAUAAUAAUAAUAACAGCAACAAUAACGGUAGCACUAACCCUCACCUAGUGCUACUGCAAAGAUUGCAGAGCGUUAGUCAGCAGCUGAAGCGGACUUCGGGCGUUGGACAGCAGCUGUACCAGGGAAGCGGUUACGGCAAGAUGGCAGCCACCAGUCCCGACUCGGACACCAACUGCAAUCCGUACAUGCCACCGUUGAGCUGCUCGAUAGCGUCGUCGCAGGAUUUCAGUCAUGACUACUCGGACUAUCAGUGGUUCAUGGAUUACGGAAGCUACCGCGAUGGCAUCACACACCAGAGCAUCCUGUCGGCUCUGUCGGCCUCGUACAACGGCAUCGGAGAGUUGUCCUACUACGAGGAUCUGGCCAAGAACAUCGACGCCAAUCUGGCCGAGGUGGAUAUGGAGAACUUCCGCACCGAGGACAUCCAUUCGCUGCUCACGACGCUACCGACACUGUGCAGUGAAAGUGCCGAACUGCGACGCAAUCGGAACAACAACCGGGGCGAUCUGAUCCUGGACACGUGGGCCGAUGCAACGGGAAUCGGAGGGGGCACGGUAGGCGGAAUGACAACGGUGGCCGAUUUGGAGAACUCGAUCUGCAAAUCGAAGCUGCUGUUUUCGCCGGUGAAGGAAUCGCACAUCAGUGUCGAUUCGUUGGAUAUGGAUGGGUAUCCGGAUGAGGAUGAUAUUAUACUGACGUGCCAGGCGAAUAAGAAUAACUAUACCAUCGCGUUCGAGCAGAGCGCGCUGUAUUCGGAUGAAAGUUUCUAUGAUGGCCCAGAAAAUUAUGCCAAAUAUAAACAUUUCAAUGUGAUGAACAACUUGGACCACAUUAUCAGAAGAAAGUCCCAGGAAACGGCUAUGUCCGUUUCAGAAGUGGGUUAUACGACUUGGAGUAAGCUCAGGAAAAAUGGACCGGCUCAAAGACUUCCAAUUGUGGCGACAAAUCCGCUGAUCAAUCAUAUUUCGCGGCAUGCACCGACCUGCUUCGUGCGGAAGAGCCUGAGUAUGCCGGAUUUGAAGAGUGAUGAAGCGGAUAUGGUUGACCAUGCAGAUGAGGUGGAUCACGUUGCCGAAGUAAGCGAUCAACAACAGGAGCAGCAGCAGCACCACAGGCAUCAGUUGAAUGUAUCGCAAGCGGCCAACUCCGCUGCAACUUCCGGCGAGUCGUUUGGAAAACAGAUGCGAACACUACUACCAAUGUAUCCGGUGCCGACGGACUCCGGUAGUGACAAUUCGGUUCCGCUGAAGGAUUCCAAUUUGGACAACAAUGACGAUCAAAACCAGCAUCAACCGUCGUUCAAUCUGGUGAAGCUAUUCAUCAAACAAAAGAGCAGUUCGACGGACACCUGUAUGGAUGUUUCGUCCGGAUGUUGGCCCAGCGAUUCCACCAAUAGUGCUUCCGGUGGCGAAAACAAUAACAACAGCAACACCAAUUUGGUCGUGGCCAGCUCCAAAGAUCGUUGUCGGAAGAAAAGCAUGAACGAUUCGGGCAAAUGUUCGAACCUGGGAAGGCACGACGAAGAGGAGUUUCAGUUUGAUAGUCUGGAUGCACAAAUCAAUAACAACAACAACAAUGAUGAUGGGACAGCGCCGUCCGCUGCCACCAACGGAGACGAGAGACUGGAACGGACGAGGCUGAAUGAUUUUAACUCCCCGGUACACAAGCGGAAUUACAAGGCGUACAAUCUGAACAUCGCCAACAAGAACCUACCGGCCGUGAAUCCAGUGGUGUAUAAUCUGAUGAACAAUAAUAGCAACGGCGGAGCGAGUAACGCAAGCAGCGGAAGCAAUCCGAGCAGCAACAGUAUUAACAAUAAUAAUAACAAUAACAAUAGCUUUAAGGACACCAACUCGGAUGCUAGUCGUACGUCGGAGAAUCUGACGCAAAUCUUCAACAACAAUGGCAACAAUGACAGCGGCGGUAACAACAAUGGCGCCAAACGGAAGGUGCCGAUCGAGAUGAUCACCAAAUCGAUGCAGACGUCGUUCAUCGGAACCAAGGAGAAGGUUCGUGUGGUUCCACCAUCGUUCCUCGAGCGGCUUAACAAACUCGGCGACAAACAGAAGGCUCCGGUCUUUGUCGUAUAUCCCAACUACGUUUUGCCGGACCUGGGCUUCCUAAAGUCGCAGAACGAUGUGGUCAUCUCGCCGCUCUCGUUCAAGGAGAACUUUGCCCAGCGGACACACCUGCGCAAAACGCGACCCGUUUCGAUGAACGACAUCGAGAAUAUUAAAGCCAAGGAGUACAAACACGUGCUGGACUGGAAGUCGUUGAUCACGCUGCUACCGCAGGAGUACCGAAAGUUGCUGCGAAAUGUUCCGGAGGCAAAUGCUUGCAGCGCGGCGGAGGACAACGCACCGCAGAAGCCGCUGUUUUGUAUGACACCGCCCUUGAGGCGAGGUCGGGGAGUUACCUGCGAUUGCAUAAACAUCCUCAACACACAGACCUAUAAUAGCUCCAGUUCCGGAGGAAGUUCUAGUCAGCCGCCUAGCUCGGGUUACCGUGGUUCCUCCACGAUUUUGACGGAUUCCGAAAUGGAUCUGUUGGGACCGAGCGGAAGCGGCAACCUUAGUAAUAAUUUGUACGUUUAUCAGUACGACAGCCCAGCGGAAGUGACAUCCGCGGAAAGGCCUCCUUCGGGACGGGUUGCGCCGAAAGGAAUCCUCAGGAGAACUACAGUCCAAAGGGCACCAGCCAAAGGUAAAAGAAAUAGCAUGUUUGAGGAGAACCAUAAAGCUGGCCAGAACCUCGAAAAGCGUCGGUCCCUUCAGGAGCCGUGCUACAAUUUCUCCGAGGAGAACCUUAUCAUAGAGGAUUCGAUCAACGAACUCGCAGACAGUGGCCUCCGUAAGGUGAACAACUCCCCAAACAUGUCCCAGCACCAAGCUCGUCUUCCCAACACACCAAAACUACCCUCGGCCGACGAUUACCAUCGGUUAAAUAAGUUGAACGAAAUGAAUGAUCUCGAACUGAACAAAGCUGUUAGCAGCAAACUGAACCGUGCUCAACACCAGCAGAGCAUGGAAGAUGAUCUGGAAGCUCGCAUGCGUGCCGAACACUUCCUUUCCAAUGUCCCGAAGUCAGAACUGAAGCACUAUGCAGAGUUUGCUCAUUUCCUGGAAGCAACUACUACAGAAGGAAUCGUCAUUGGCCAGAACGAAGAGGUGUACGAUCGUCAACGACUGAGGCACGAAGUAAGUCGUGCCUUAGCUCAACGCAAAAACGUUUCCUUCAAUCAACCCCAGGCAGGCCCUAUCAACACCACUCCGGUACGGCAGCAAGCUCAGCUAUUGCGACCAACAGAGAUCAAGUUUUCAACUCCUCCAAACUCGCCAAACAUGUCCGUCACGAUGGCUCAAAAACCACCGCAAAAGCCUACUCCCUCGGCGGUGCAGUCGCCAUCCAGUACCGAACGCGAGAAGCAGGAUAAGAUUCAAUCGAACCGCUUCAAGCGACUGCAGAUCCAAUGGGAACUGCUGAGCAAGGAAGGCCAACAGUUGAAGCAAGAACUGCAGCAACCGCGUAGCGGUGGCAACACUCCAACCGGGGCCACGAUGAAGUCCCGCAUUCCACGACCUGUCAGUUACCCGACCACACGGGCAAACUCGGAUCCAAUGGUGAGCAAAACGUUGAGGUCACCGAGCCGGAUUGUGCCACCCAAGCGGUACAAUGCCGGCUCGCUGGGAACGGUAGCAAUGAUUGGUGGUCAUCAGCAGGCGACCACUCCUCCUACUCCGGCACCCCGGACACCGAACAAGCUAUUGCAUACGACUCCAAAGAAGGCCGCCACCGUCGGCACACCAAGGCCAGCAACACGCACACGGAUACCGGUAGGUUCUGGUCAAACCCAAGGCAAAUCUGUCCCCUCGUCGAAUGCUGCAGCAGCAGCAUCGAAGGUAACGCCGAAGAAAGCCAUCAACCACCAACAAAGCACUGCUGCUGCGAGUCCGAAGGCAACUAUUCGGAAACCGGUCAGUGGUGGAGUAGCCGGGAAGUCUAAAAAAUGAGUCGUUUGAAGUCUGAUAAAGGGUGACUGAGAAACUGUAAGUACCGCAAAACCCAUGCUUAGUUACAUCCCCCAACUGCUCGUCGUCUUAGUCGGAUGAAGGUGAGUUCCCUUGCCUGCCUUCCCGUCUUAGAGUUACUGUACAGUAGGUUUAAGUUGAAACAAUGAAUACAACAAAGUGUAAAACAGUCAAGGUCGCCAUGUUGCAGACCGCAAUUAUAUUAUCUUCCUCUCGAAGUGUUGAUGAAAAGAGAAAAAUAGGUUUGUGAGAAACGGUAUACAGCUAAAGUGAUUUUUAUGUAUAAAAUUAGUUGAAAAUAUCGAAGAAAUGUGAGAUAAAACGUACUGAAAUAAGUAAGCGAAAGGAGCGCGAAAGCAACAAUAAAACAGAGAACAAAACAAUGGAAAAACAGAACACUGUAAAUGUAAAUGUAAGCACUUUAGAAUUUUCGGAUUGAUGUUUUCCGGGGUGAAACAACUGGAUAAGAUGUGAAUAUUUUUUGGUUUAAACUUAACUUCGCGCUUAUGUUACGCAAUUUACCGUUGUUCUCCUAAGAAUAGUUGCUUAAAUUAUUCAUUUUUUUUAUCUAAACAAUAACACGCUGAUGAAACUUAUCAAACUCCGCCAUCUACUGAAAAAUGGGCGUCCGGAGAGGAAUUAUUAUACCGUAAGAAAAACAGUGCAUAUACUCUCUUGUAAUAGUGUAUAGAAUCAAGUAAAAGCAUACCAACACAUACUCUUACGGUUAUGCAAUCAUAACAUCGCUUAGGGCAAACAAGUUGUUAAACAAAAAAAGCUUCAAAACUAUUGCCAACCAUAGAACGCGGUUUGAAAAAUUGUACAUGCAUAUUUGGUGAAAACGGCACAUUGUACUGGGCCAAUAAUAAAUAAAACCUACAUCCAAAUCGCAAACAAACAAACACACACACGCAAAACAAAGCUAAGUCAUUAGAUUUAAGUAAUUUCUGCAAUCGAAGGUAUGGAUAUAAAAAAACAAGCUGAGAGUGAGACAUUAGCGAAAAGGUGAUGAUGAUUAGAGCAAGGAAAGUGUAAGAUAAAAAGUGCUAUCGAAUGAAAAUUUAUCUGAUUUUUAAAACGUA